AUGGCCGCGGCUUCAAACCCUCCUCGCCCAUCGCCAUUGACCGAUACCGUCCCGACGUUAGCCAGUCGCGACCGCAAUAAUAUAAGCGCCACAAACGUUUUGCAUCCGCACACGAGCCGCUCGCGCCACUCGAACAACCCGUCCAUCAGCUCGCAGCGAUCCAGCAGCGGUCUUCUGGCCUUUUUCGAUCGUACACUCACCGGCAUCACUGAAGCCAAGCUCCGUCAACACCAAUUGAACGGCCGCGUCUCGACUGGAUCCGACUUGCUCCCCAGCGUGCGACCCAGCUCGACGAUUCUGCCCAGCGAUCCCCCUUCAAAGCCGUAUACCGAAACCGAUCCGUCCUUCCCAAAGCCAAUCCGCGCCCCCCGCUACGACAGCAAGAUGCACCAGACGUCAUCGCGCCUCUUGCGCAUGACGGACGAUGACCGUCCGUUCACCAAGGACUUCAAAGACCUCUUUGCGACCUUGAUUGUCAGUCUUCUCCCACUCGGUUCACACCGCGUGCGCUUUACUAGGGUGGAAAACACCUUCCUGUCUGAGGAUGCCAUCAACAAUCUUAGCUCGCUCAAGUUCUCCCAGUCCAACCGAAUGCCAGAUCCCCAGGAUCCCAGCCGGAUUGUAACCACGACGACCACCACGACAUUCUCUAUGGCCAAGGAUAUGGCUCGCUCGAUCUGCCAGCGCUUUCUGGAGGCCAGGUUCAUCGAAUCAGCCGAUGGGAAGAAUCAGCAGGUUUACACCAUGAAGGGCACCGUAUGGCAGCUGACACCGAAGGGCAUCUGCAUUCUAGACCGCUUCGUCUCACGGAAUGGUAUUCAGCUGAAGCAUGUCCACGAUUUGAUCGGCUCCUCCGUAUCGCAACUCGUGAUUCUGGAACGUGAUCCUGCUACGGAUAAGCUCCUUACCGAUCGCGCCACUAUCGAGGUUAUCUUCCGCAGGUUCAUUGGCGUCAAUGGUCCCAACGUCAAGCAGAGUGUGGGCGCGGCCGAUUCCGAUUCACUGUCUGACUACAAAGACGGUAUAACCGGUGUAAAGAUGGCCGCCGAACGGAAGAUCGGCAACAAGACUUACAAGGAGACCUUCACCGGCAAGGCGGCGGCUGACUGGUUGAUGGAUUGCUGCACGACAGUUGACCGCAGGGAAACCGUUGAGAUCGCCUCGCUCUUUGUCGAGUACGAACUUAUCGAAUCCGUUCAGGUUGACCGGAACCACAUCUCCCAGUUCCCGUCGCACAACCUUUUCCAGCCGACGAAGCAUGCUAUUUACCAGCUCACGUCCAAGGGCCGGGAUCUCAUUGCUCCCAAGCGCGCUUCUGAGGGGGACAACGCCUCGUACCGCGCGGCGGCUAUCUCUCAGAACUCCAAUACCCAGCGCCUGGAUAAAAUCCUCAAUGACCCGGCUCUUAGACUGCUGUUCCGCGAGAACCUCCGCGACACUCACUGCGAGGAGAACCUUUCAUUCUACCAGGAUGUUGAUGAUUUUGUGCGUCAGUGUCGGCAAGCUCUCAAGGUGUACCAGCAGGCGAGUAGUAAGGAGGGCGCCACCGAGCAUCUCAGAGAGAUCAUGGCACAGGCGUACGGCAUUUACAAUGCAUUCCUGGCUCCUGGCUCUCCGUGCGAGCUUAACAUCGACCAUCAGCUCCGGAAUAACCUUGCUUCUCGCAUGACCAGGUCCGUGAAUGAUGAAGCUGUUGCCGAGACCCUUAACGACGUGAUGGAACUCUUCGCGGAUGCCCAGAACGCUGUCUUCAAGUUGAUGGCUAGUGACUCGGUUCCCAAAUUCCUCCGGAACCCCAAGUAUGAGCAUAUCCUCAAGAACUACGACUUCGAUGUUAGGACGUGGAGUCAAUCUUAUCGCAAGGCCGGGUAA